AUGCUUUCAUGUUUGAAAAUUGCGCAUCGGCCAGAAGUAACACUAGAUACAUCUCGAAUGGGCCAGGACGUCGUCGUAGUAAAAAAUGGACGACGAUUAUGCGGAACUGGCGCAGCCGUGGCGAAUGCACCAGUUGUUCAGAAUAAAGCUUAUUUUGAAAUGAAAUUACAAACACAAGGCACUUGGGGAAUUGGUUUGGGUACUCGACGAGCAAACUUAUCAAAGGUACCAUUAGGCACUGAUAGUGAAACAUGGGUCAUGGAUCAAUAUGGUCAAGUUAAACAUGAUAAUAAAGUACUUGGCCAAUUCAGAACUGCUAUAGAAGAAGGUGAUGUUGUUGGCUUUGCAUAUGAUCAUGAAACGUUUCGUGUUUUUGUGAACGGAACAGAACAAGAACCUUGUUGUCGUGUUGCUACGCGUGGAACUGUCUUUCCAAUUUUCUACGUCGACGAAGGUGCGAUACUCGAUAUUCAAUUUUCGACAUUUUAUUUUCCUCCACCGGAAGGUUAUGAUCGUAUUCUCUUAGAAAAAUCACUCAUAUGA